UAUUCUGCUCUGGGAGUGAGAGUGCAAGGAUAAACGGCACACACACACGCACACACACACACACACACACACACACUGCGCAUCGGUGUGACAUUAACAGUCUGUGUAUACGGGGUUGACACUUCCAAGUGGGAUCGACUUUGAGAUUUAAAACCUGAUUUUUGAGGGUGUUUUUUUAGACAUGAUGCCUUUCUGAUCAUUUUUUUCACCUUGUAUCUACGGCGUCCGAUUACUGAUGGAGCUGUGUGAACUUGAACCAUGAUGGGACACCAGUGUCUGUCCGUGCGUCCUGCUCGUCGGAGCCUUUGCCUUAACAGGUAGCCGGGGAAAAAAAGAAAAAGCACACCGGUUUUUUUUUUUUUUUUUUUUUCCUUCUCGGGACGCGUAAAAGGGAGAGAUGAGCAUUGAUUUUGGAGCCGGUUUUAAAUGGAAGAUACCACAAACCACUGACCACCUGGCUGUGUCUGCUGCCGGAGAGAGACGCUGAUCACCGCAGUCACCGCAGGUCGCACCGUUCCAUCCAGUCCAUUCCCAAAGUUAAAUGGAUAAAAAGGAACUGCGACAUAUGCAGCCUUUCAUUUACCCCAGUUUGUGCGACCAGCUGCUCUCACCCCAAACCUGUUCUUGAGUCCGAUUAUUCCUGCGGGGAGAUUUUUUUUUUUUUUUCUCCUCAUCUUUCCUGGACCCGAAGCUGUCGGCGCAGUUGAGAAGGAUAUCUGUACCCGAAUGUGCUCACAGACACUGGAUGAGAAGGCUAUGAGCUGACACACUCCAGUUUUCCUCCAGCUGCUUUAACGGAUUUGGGUUUGUCUGUGGAAGAUUUCCUGUCAGCAUAUGCAAGGAGUCAGUGCCUGUAACAGCUGCAUAUAGAGAAAUCUUUGAAUUGUGAAGGCUGGGAGCAUAUUUAUUCUAUAAUGGAUCUAAAAGACUAUUACCUGUUGGGUGCCCUACUUGCCUGCAUAUGGCUAGAUCCUUCGAUAGCCCAAGAACUAAUCUACCCCAUCAGAGAGGAAUUGCCAGAAAAUGUCCUCAUUGGAAACAUACCAAAGGACCUAAACAUUUCCCAUACAAAUGCUGCCACUGGAGCAAGUGCCAAUCUUGUGUACCGUCUGGUCUCGAAAGCAGGAGAUAACCCACUGGUCCGCGUUCUGAGCAGCACUGGUGAGAUAUUCACAACAUCAAACCGAAUCGACAGGGAGAAGUUGUGCCCCGGUCCCUCGUUUGAGGACAGCGAGUGCUCUUUUGAGAUCGAAGUGGUCAUCCUGCCUAAUGAUUAUUUCAGGCUGAUUAAGAUCAAAAUAAUUGUCAAAGACACAAACGAUAAUGCCCCCAUGUUCCCAUCUCCUGUGAUCAACAUUUCCAUCCCUGAGAACACGCUCAUUAACAGCCGCUUUGCUAUUCCUUCCGCCACUGACCCAGACACUGGCCCGAACAGUGUCCACAAAUAUGAGCUGAUCAAUGGGCAAAGUGCCUUCGGCUUAGAUAUUGUAGAAACGCCUGAGGGGGAGAAGUGGCCCCAGCUCAUUGUGCAGCAGAAUCUGGACAGAGAGCAGAAGGAUACUUAUGUGAUGAAAAUCAAAGUUGAGGACGGUGGCAGUCCCCAGAAAUCCAGCACUGCCAUUCUUCAAGUUACAGUAACAGAUGUCAACGAUAACAGACCAGUGUUUAAGGAGAGCCAGAUAGAAGUGCACAUACCAGAGAACUCCGUUAUUGGCACGUCUGUUGUGCAGCUCCAGGCCACGGAUGCAGACAUAGGGGCAAACGCAGAGAUCCGUUAUGUUUUCGGGACUCAGGUAUCUCCCGCUACUAAAAGACUUUUUGCAUUAAACACAACAUCUGGCCUGAUCACGGUGCAGAGACCUCUGGACAGAGAGGAGACUUCUAUUCAUAAGCUUUCUGUUUUAGCUAGCGAUGGCAGCUCAAGUCCAGCCAGAGCUACUGUUACAAUAAAUGUGACUGACGUAAAUGACAAUCCACCCAAUAUAGACCUGAGAUACAUAAUCAGUCCCAUUAAUGGUACUGUUUUCCUCUCAGAGAAGGAUCCCAUCAAUACUAAGAUAGCUCUCAUCACAGUGUCAGACAAAGACACUGACAUCAACGGCAAGGUCAUUUGUUUCAUAGAGAAGGAUGUGCCCUUUCAUCUCAAAGCUGUGUACGACAACCAGUAUCUGUUAGAGACAUCUGCGCUUCUCGACUAUGAGGGGACCAAGGAAUACAACUUUAAAAUAGUAGCUUCAGACUCUGGAAAACCCAGCUUAAAUCAAACUGCCUUAGUGAGAGUGAGGCUGGAGGAUGAGAAUGACAACCCACCUAUUUUUACUCAGCCAGUCAUUGAACUGGCUGUCAUGGAAAACAAUAAACGUGACCUAUUCCUCACUACUCUCAGCGCCACCGAUGAGGACAGUGGGAAAAAUGCAGAGAUCGUUUAUCAGCUGGGACCAAACGCAUCAUUCUUUGACCUGGACCGCAAAACAGGUGUUCUGACUGCAUCCAGAGUUUUUGACAGGGAGGAUCAGGAUAGGUUCCUCUUUACCGUAACGGCGAGAGAUAAUGGGACGCCACCACUGCAGACACAAGCGGCUGUCAUUGUAACUGUGCUGGAUGAAAAUGACAACAAUCCCAAGUUCACACAUAACCACUUUCAGUUCUUUGUGUCUGAGAAUCUUCCUAAGUACAGCACUGUGGGGGUGAUAACUGUGACAGAUUCAGAUGCUGGAGAAAAUGCUGCUGUUUCUCUUUCUAUACUGAAUGAUAAUGAAAACUUUAUUCUGGAUCCUUACUCUGGGGUGAUCAAAUCUAACGUGUCGUUCGAUAGGGAGCAACAGAGCUCCUACACGUUUGAUGUCAGGGCGGUGGACAGCGGGAGGCCCCCUUGCUCCUCAGCCGCUAAGGUGACCAUCAAUGUCAUCGACGUGAACGACAACACCCCCAUCGUCAUCUAUCCCCCUUCCAACACCUCUUUCAAGCUCGUCCCUCUCUCCUCUAUUCCGGGAUCUGUGGUGGCUGAAGUGUUUGCUGUAGAUGGAGAUACAGGGAUGAACGCAGAGCUCAAAUACACCAUUGUGAGUGGAAACAGCAAGGGUUUGUUUAGGAUUGACCCGGUCACAGGGAAUAUUACUCUGGAGGAGAAACCAGCAGUGACUGACAUAGGCCUACACAGAUUAGUGGUCAACAUUAGUGACCUGGGAUACCCCAAAUCACUCCAUACUCUCGUGCUGGUAUUUUUGUAUGUUAAUGACACUGUGGGCAACUCAACACUUAUCUAUAACCAGAUCCGGCGCAGAAUGGAGACCCCAAUUGACCGAAAUAUUGAGGAAAGCAGUGAAACUUACCAAAGUGGUGACUAUUUAACUAUAAUGAUAGCCUUUGUUACUGGCGCAUUAGUGGUGAUUAUUGUCAUCUUUGUCACUGUGCUGCUACGCUGCCGCCAUGCAUCCAGGUUCAAAGCUGCACAGAGAAAAAAACAAGGGGCUGAGUGGAUGUCGCCCAACACAGAGAACAAGCAGAACAAGAAGAAAAAGCGCAAGAAAAGGAAAUCCCCCAAAAGCUCUUUGCUCAACUUUGUCACCAUCGAGGGGAACAAACCUGACGACCCUGCCCACGAGCCAAUCAACGGAACCAUCAGCCUGCCCACGGAGCUGGAGGAGCAAGGGAUUGGACGUUUUGAUUGGAACGCCACACCUACUACAACCUUCAAGCCCAGCAGCCCUGACCUGGCCCGACACUACAAAUCUGCCUCACCGCAGUCGGCCUUUCACCUCAAGGCUGACACGCCGGUCUCAGUGAAGAAGCAUCAUGUGAUUCAGGAGCUCCCUUUGGAUAACACGUUUGUUGGGGGCUGCGACACGCUUUCCAAGAGGUCCUCCACGAGCUCAGAUCACUUCAGUGCCUCAGAGUGCAGCUCCCAAGGAGGGUUCAAGACGAAGGGGCCCAUGCACACCAGACAGCAGUCCGACCAUCUGUAUUGACACCUCAUGCCAUCUCCAUUUCACGAGCAUCAAUAAGAAGUCAUCAAACGCUCAUCCGGUGUGUCAUAAUGCUGUCUAAAGUCUGCCAGUGUAUUGAAAGAAAUGUCAGGGGAUUAGCUGUUCUUUCUAAAAAGUAAAAGACAAAAAAAAAAAAAAAUACCAAUUACCUUGGAGUGAGGCUUUAAACAGACAGUACAUCCAAAAGUAAUAUCAUGAGAUUAUCAAAUCACAGUCAUCAUUGAGAAAGAGACAUUAUUACGAGCAGACAAUGUGCUUCAGUGUGCUAUAUUGAAGUGAUUUUGUUACAUAGUAAAAAGGCAUCACAAAGGUAUUAAAAAUUCAAUAAUAAUAUUCACCAUUUGCAUUUUUGCUUCAUGAGCUAAAAACCAACACGCGUCACCCGUUGGUUAUCAGAAGCUGUCAUGAAAUAAGCAAUUAAGUGAGAAAAACAUUAAAGGAAAAGAAAUGUGUAAAGCUUAGGGGAGUUGCUUUUAAAAUUGACCUUCUCUCAAAGAAUUGAAAAGCCAUUUUGUUCCAGUUCUCAAGAGCCACUUCUAUGCAACAUCAGCACUAAUCAAUAAAUAAGGGAAUAGAAAGGAAAUUGAUAAACAAGAAGAAAGAGAGGGAGUGAGGGGAUUGGAAUGGGAAUGGGGAACAAAAGCAACAGCAUAGCAUGGAGGAAGGCAUGAGUGGUGUCUUCCAUUUGGAGAAUAUAGGGCAUAGGGAAUAUCUGACAUCUGUAACAGUGUCAUCAUAAACUAAUGCCUUGUGGAAUCAGCUUUAGAGACACCCCAAACUUUGCUGAUAGCAAUAAGAACAAUCCCUGCCUUUUCUUUCUUUCUUUUUUUUCACUUAUUAUUUACCCUCUAGGGACCUACAUUAGUGUAAACAACACUGAGGAAAAAAGGCAUGAAAACACUGUCCUAGUUUCAGAAGGCAACACAAGCAUCUAAGAAACCAAGUAUAAUCAUCGCUGUUUCACCAUCACUCUGACGCUCUUCCUUUCAGUAUUCUGAAAGGCAGACAUAGAUGUGGUUCAGUAAGACGCCAUGAGCCCAGUGGCUACGCAUUAACCAUGUACUGUGCACUAGAUCCCACAGCUUAUGUUAUGGAUUCAUUCACAUGGUUUUACUGAGUCAUUUGGAUAGUGUGUGAAAUGUUACACAUAAUCAAUUAUAUCCACACACAGAUAUUUCACUCUUCAUCAUUACCUUUAAGAAAAAUCCCAUGGUGAAUAUGAAAAUAAUGGUGUUUUUUUUUUUUUGUUUUUUUUUUUUAGAUAUUAAAUUAAUGAGUAUACAGUAUAUAAUAUAUAUGUGUACUUUCUUCUGAAUACACAAGCUGUGCUGUCUUUGUCCUUGCUUUGUUAUGGUAAUAUAAAAGCCACAUUACAGUAUAUGUUAGGGUGUGCAAUUAGGUGCCUUAAGGCGCAGGGUGCAGCUAUGUUGCCUGAACACCUUAUAUGUAAAAAGGCUUAAUUGCUGUGGGUUAGUAUUUUUCUUGCAUGGCAGAAAAGAUGUGUUCCUGCAGUUCAGUUAUCCUACACUGCUCUGAUGUGCUUUUCUUUAGCUGAAAUCAUUCUUUAGCUCUGGGGAUGCAAUGAACCAGCCUCCUUUUGUGCAGCUUUACUGUAGCUACAGCAUAUAUAGAAGUUUGACCUAAGCAAAACAAAUCUGCAGACUUUUGUCUUAAUUUUAUUGCCAUUAUUCAGCAAAUAUGUGAGCGGUCUGGAUCAGCAUCGUUUUACUGAUUGUUACGACUUGUACAAUAAAAACAGACUUGUAUUACAGUAUCGGUGAUAUUAGUAGAUGUAUUCAGUUUAGACUACAGGACAGGAGAAAGAGAUGUGAGAAGAGUGGAGUAAUCUGUAGUGGAGUAAUCUUGGAGUUGUCUUGUCAGUACAUUUAAUGAAUGGACGUUCUAUGCAAACAGGAGUUUGUACAGACCAUUGUAAUUACGGAGCCUUGGGGGAGUCGUCCUUCUUGUGCAGGUUCAUUUGCCACAUUAAUAAGGGGAUUAGUAGUACGUACGGGGGCUGAUGGCAGCAGGAGAAGUUUGAGAAGAUUAAUGAACUAUGACAAUGUUGCACCUGAGGGGAAAAGUCUGUUGCAGUAUCUUCUGGGUUGUGCUGACACAGAGUUUAGUAUGAAAAAGGAAGAUGGAGAGAGGCCAGUGAUUGUUGCCGACUGUGAUCAUACAUCCUUCUCCUCAGCUAUCUGUCACUUGUAUGUUUAUAAUUUCUCAUACUGUACGUGCUCAUGACACCCACUGCAGAUAGUCUGGCGGAUGUAACAGUUUCUUGGAAAUUAGGACAGUGUUUAAAAUCUUAUCAAUUCUGAGCAUAUGAAUAAAUGGUUAAACUGGAUUAUUAACUGUGAAGACAUUAAUUAACCAUAUCUGUGAGAAAAUUCUGUCUUAUCUACAAUUGGGUCUGUUGCCAAUUUCAGUUAAAUAAUUAACCAAACUACUUGUACAUGCAAGAAGAAAAACCUGACUACUGUAUUAUGUUUCUUGUGCGAAGUAAAAUGUAGCAGAUCCCCAAAACAAAUGUCGCUAUCAGGAGUUAGUAAGCCAAUAAGUCUGCGAGUGAAGUUUCUAUCAAAGCUUUAAAUCAUCAGUGAAGGAUUCGAGGGGCUCCUUACUGCAGUAAACAGUGUAUUUCUUUAAAAAACGUGUCAUGUCGUCUAUGUCUAGGUGGGUAAAAGGAAAUGAAAUGGAUUGUGGGCUAUACUAAGGUAGUGGGUGUGAGUACUACCAGAGUAGAUUAUUGCCCCAAGGGGGAACCAGUUUUUUCUGCACAAAACAACAAAAUAAAUCAAAGCUCCGGUUUGGUACACUGGCUGAACUGUGCAGUUCAUUUAUAUGUUUUUAUUUUCUUCUGUUGAGAAAAAAUGAAGUGCUACUGAUUUGUAAUAUAUUUAUAUAUUUAUUUGUAUGUAGCUUUUUUGUUGCCUAAAACUGCUACAGGCAGUAAUGCCAAAAAACACAGAUGAUGGCAAAUUACCAGGAAUUACAUUUUUUAUGUGAACAUUUAUUCAUUUUCAUUUUCGUUAAGCCAUUUCCAUACAUGUAUAUUUUAUAUGCCUUUUUCAUCUCUACAGUGGUGUAUUUGUCUGUUUUGAAAAUGACAAAUAUUGUCAUAUAUCAACAGGAUGUACUUGUGUGUGUCCAUAUGUAUUUUUCAUUUUUGGUUUGUUGUUCUUUGGCUGACAACCUAUUCUUCUAAAGAUUUAGCAUUAUUCAUUUGUGCAAUUUCUCAAAGCAAACUGAUUGAUAAUCAAUCUUCUGGGGGUUUGCUUUGUGAAAUUAACAUUUUGCAUGCACAAAAAACAAGUCAUUGUGGCUUUUGUGAGGCUGUCAUUACUUAAUUCAUCUCCAUGUUUUCACUAAUCCACAGAACACAUUUCCCAUUUUUCGAGGUAAUCAAUCAAAGUUGACAUACUAGUUUCAUAUUUUUUUCUAACACUGCAUGAUAAGAAAAAGACAAACUGCAGCUUAAAACACUUAAGGAAUCUACAUCUUAUUAGAUAUUUCUUAAUUUUAACCAAAGUAUAAGAGUAGAGGGUGGAAGAAAAUGUUUCUUGACUGCUUGCUUGUCUACAAAAAUGAUAUAAAAAGAUGAAGUUAUGAUGCUACUUCAUUGUUUGAAUGCCCCCCCCCCCCUCCCUUCCCCUCCCACCCCAUCUUCUCCUCUCCACCCCUCACUUGGUCCCUCCACCCACUCCUUAUCUUCCCCGUCUUCAGCGCACACCUUUCACCCAUGUUUUAUUGGGGUCAGUGCCGUUACAUGCGAUGUUAAAUCACCGAGGGUGUUUUCACCUUUGUGUUGUGAUCAUAUGUGACAGAUGAGGGAGCUUUGUGUCCCGCACAUAGCCCCACUUUCUUCCUGUUACGUACCAUCCUCUCUCCCUUUAUCAUUAUAGAGAUAGGAGGAUGUAAAAGAUGGGCAAAGCGGUGCUGUAUGUUCUGACAUGACAAACCCAGAGGGAGACGCGUCCUUGUCAUUGGGUUGUUGUGUGGAGUGACACACAGGCUGCUGCUCUGUCACUAGCGUGUGCCAGUGUCUGGACUAAUAGUUGUGAUAAUGGCAUUGCCAGCCAAAACCCCCCUCAAGCAAAGAGCCACACUUGAAUUGAAAUGUGACUGCUAUUGACUGCUUUGCCACUGGGCUCUGUAGCUCACAAAGACUCUGUAACCCUCAUCUAUGUAAAUCUUUCUUGUAUAUAUGAUAUGUUUCAUGUAAAUUGAACUCCUGGUAAUCUUGCCUAAUGUGCUGUGUUAAACAAUAAUCAGCUUGUUUUGAUUAUUUUUGUUUCUUUUAUUUGCCCUGCUUUCUUCUUUUUUGCUUUUAUUCAUUGCUGGGUAUACAUAAAAUACAUCUGAAAUAAACUCUGCCACUUAUUCGGUAAAAAAAAAAGAAAAAAAAAAAGUGCAACUCCUAUUCUGUUUUGAAAGCUUUAUUU